AAAACGAUAGGCUCCCAGCUCUCCUCUCUCUCUCUCUCUCACGCACACAUCUUUGAACGGUUAGUUUCGAAGCUAAUCAGCCCUCACUUCCACUUCACCCCAGAAACUCACGCGGCUUCUCCAUAUACGCUCUUUGUACUUUGUAGUCUGUGCUCGUCUGCAGCUCGCGUCCUCUUCUUCCCCUGUAUAUUCUAUCAGGCUUUGGAGCUUGAAGCACGAAAUUGAGGGCAUUGGUUUUCGAGGCCAUUAAUUAUCUUCCUCCCCUUCGGUCUUUGUCACCCAUCCUCUUUUUUCUAUUCCUGGCGGGGCACCGACACUCGUUUUGGUUCGUAUCCAAGCCAGACCUUCUUCAUUUAUUGCUUCUCUCGCUUCCAACGCGCCUUUCUCUUCGGCCAUCCGCUGAAAAACAAAUAGGUGAAUUUUCCUUAUUGCAAUCUCUUUCAAAAACAAGGUGGUGGACUGUUUCAGAGCUGGAGCCUGGAAUGUCCAUCCAGCCCAUAGAUUAGUUGUCACAUCUCAAAAGGGACUCAAGGAAACCAACAAUCAGCAUGAGCAGAAAGCUGUAUGACAAGCCAAAACCAGAAAAAACUGUUUUGGCAUAUGCUGAUCUCCAAAGUGUGGAGCACUGCACUUUAAAAUUUUCCAGGCAUCAUCAAAAGCAAGCAAAUUUCAGUGGGGCAAGUGAAGACGAUGAGCUUAUUAAGUACAUGUCUAAUUUGCCAGGUUAUUUGGAAAGGGGAAAAAAUAUUCAUGAGAAAGUUUUAAAUGUUGGGGUCCUUGAUUGGUCCUGUCUAGAACAAUGGCAACAUAGACAUAAACAUAUACCCCAGAAAGGUAAGAGGACUUUAAGAUCCUCCAGUGACAGUAAUCCAUCCUCUUCUGUUCCAGCUGAGGGAUUAUCUGAUCAUUCUGGCGGUGGUCGUAGUCAGUCUCCUUGUCAAAGAUUAAGUCGUCCAUCUCUGCAAUCUUACUUUAUGGCAUCUACGAUGAAAGACCACUCCUUGGGUGACAAGUCCUCUGGAGAAAAUGUUGGAAAUUGUCAUAAUCUUAGAGGCAGCCCUGGAAACAGUAAUGCCCAGAGCAAAUUAGUCAGAGCAGAUGAGUAUCUUUCCCAAAACCUUCAUGUCAGGAGACUGAAAGCACGCAGCAAGAAGGAUUUGUAUCCAAACAUUAAUACCGAGAAUAAAAUCUUGCCAAGUGACAAAAAAUGUGGGGGAGCAUCGUGUGCAAAGUUAGAAAAGGGCAUUCAAGACGGUGAAUUGGGGAAAAGAAUGGAGACUUUGCAAGAAGCAAAUUUAAAAGCUGUUGAGCAAGGUGCAACUGGGAAAAGCAAGCCUAUUGAUCUUCCUUUGCCAAACAAGAUUCCCCAAAAUAGUCAUUUUGGAGUUUCUGAUACGAGAACAUCUUUUGGUCAAAAGUCAGGUACUACUAAAAGAACAAGCUUUUCAGAAAAAUCUAAAGAACUUUUCCUUAAAGAUUUCAACUGUGAUAUUUCACACUCAUGCCUACUACCGGACGAAAUUGAGGCUAAGCAUUCUAAGGCAGAAGGGUCCAGUUCCUUGGAUGCAGGAAAUAUCAGAAUUCCCACGGCCACCUCCUCAGCUCCCCUGUCAUCUAAAAUGGGAACAAGUCCAUCAAGAUCUAGAAAAGGUGAAGAAAGGAAACAAACUGGAGCUGCCGUUUCAUCUGCUAAUGGACCUCCUCAGGGACUAGGCCAGAAAGGUAAGCCUGAAAAGUUACUAAGCUCUUCCUCGUUUGGCCGAUUUGGCAUCAGUAUGGGUUAUUCAAGCAAAGGUUCUAGCUGCAAAGAGAGUUUAUAUGUACCACAUAAGAACUCCAUGCCAUCUGUUGGAUCUAGUUCAGAAACUGCGAGAGGUUCUACUAGCUCAUGCGCUUCAGGCAGAAAUAACUCCCUUGAUGCUGUCAGAAGCAGGACAAGCCCUUUGAGGAGGUUAUUGGAUCCGUUAUUGAAACCAAAGGAAGCAAACGGCCGUCUCUCAAUGGAGUUAUCUCAGAAAGAGUCGGGAUUCAUAAAUAACGCUGAUAUUGACUAUCCCCAUCUGCAGCCACGGAAAGAAUUGAACAGGGACCGUAGAGUCAGUUGUAGCUCAAUUAAUACACGUGAUUCUUCUAGGGAAAAGAAGCUUGUAUCUUCAACAGUUCGAGCUCUUCUAAGAAUUGCAGUGAAAAAUGGCCAUCCCUUCUUCACAUUUGCAGUUGACAAUGAUAACAAUAUUCUUGCAGCUACUGUGAAGACUUUAAGUACCCCAGGGAAAGAUGACUGCUGUUGUAUCUAUACAUUUUUCUCCUUCAGGGAAGUUAAGAAGAAGAAUGGCAGUUGGAUGAAUCAAGCAGGCAAAAGCAAAGGCCCAAACUAUAUUCACCAAGUCGUUGCUCAAAUGAAGGUUUCCAAUUCUCAUUCGUAUGAUUUAACAGGUCAGAAUUGCGUGGACUUCUCGACUGUGAAAGAGUUCGUGUUGUUUUCUGUUGAACUGAAGCAGGGUAAUGGCGAGGCCUUUGAUUAUCAGCCAAAUGAUGAGCUUGCUGCCAUUGUUCUCAAAAUACCCAAAGCUACCAGUUUCUUCAACAACUUGCAUCAGGGGAGUUGCCGCAAUGAUACUCGACUUGUUCAUGCAACGGUUGUGCUUCCAAGUGGCGUUCAUAGUCUUCCAAGUAGAGGGGGACCUUCGUCCCUGAUCGAACGCUGGAAAUCAGGCGGAUCAUGUGACUGUGGUGGUUGGGACUUGGGUUGCAAACUGAAAAUCCUUGAAAAUGGAAAUGAAUCCUGUAGGAAUUCAAAGCCUUCCAAAGCUUAUUUGGCAGAACAAUUUGAGCUAUUCUUACAGGUGAACGGACAAGACCACGUGCCUGGUUUCAGUCUGAUCCCCAUAACGCAUGGAAUAUACUCUGUUGCUUUUGACUCGUCACUCUCACUCUUGCAAGCAUUCUCCAUCUGCAUCGCGUUAAUGGACAGUAAGAUGCCACAUGAACUUUCUGGAUCGAGAAAUCCUGUUGAAGGAAAAACUCCAAGAGAAACCCUAUCGAUGCAAAAUGAUGGGAUAAAGGUUUUGCGGAAAUUGGAGGAUAUUCCUGCAAUUUAUAUCUCGUAUCCACCGCUUUCACCAGUUGGCAGGGUCUAAAUUAGCAAGCGUAUGGAAGACAGACAUGUCUCCUUGCAAUUUGAUGCAGUAUCUGUAAUUAGGCAUGACUUGUAUGCUCGCAUGAAUCCGUAUAUUUUGUUCAUGUCUGCUGCAUAAGAGUUAAAUUUCUCAGAAGUCCCCUUGCAAGCACCCUCGUGGCAAGGAUAAAAAUAUGAGAGAUUGGGGGCCGCGGGAUGGAUGUGCUUCUCGUGACUUCUCUUUAUUCCUUCUGUUUUGGUUUGUUUUUACAGCAGAAGCAAUGUUGAAUAUGCAAGUGUAACACGAGAUAAACAAUGAUUAUCAAUUAAUUAAAGUGUGAAUAGUGUGGUUUGUUA